AUCAUAUUUCCUCCUUAUUUAAGUUGCAUGUCUAUCUACCUAUUUAUCUAAUUUCUCGUUAUUUAUCUUGCCGAAAAUCAUCUCUUUUUUAUACUAAAAAAUCUUCAUAAGCUGUUUCCAUAUAACAAUUAUCUGCUGAAUUUUCUGUCAUUUUUUUUAUAAUUAUUUUUAAAAUAUGAAUCUAAUUUAAUUGGUUUUAAAAGGGUAAAGAGCCAAAUUGGUAUUUUUGUAUAUAAGUAUGGAUUGGUGUUUGUAAAUAGCACCUUCCAACAUGUCUCUUUCUUCUUCUGUUUUUCUUUUAUAUUUACCCCACCAUUAGAUCCAUUGUUUCCCUUCUCUAUAUUACUGGUAUUUUCUACCGUGAUCCACGGUGGGUAUUUCAGGGGCAGAAAAAUUCUUUCAGGUUUGAGGAAAAAAAUUUAAACCCUAAAUCUCAUUCCGGCCGAAUCUUUAAUUUCAGUCGGUACUAAUUGAAACGGUCCAAAGUGGGCUGAAAUUUCAUUGAAGGUGGAAUAGGGUGGCUUACCUUUCCGGUUCAUAUAUUGGUACGAGAUUUUUCCAGCCGUUUUGGCCAGAACAGAACACUAUCCACAACAUUGGACAAAAGUAAAUUGAGAUUUCAAAGCAUUCAACAUGUGGACGGGGAUAAAAAGAGAGAUAAAAUGUAAAAAGUGGAGACUAUCCACAGGUAGGAUAUCUCUAUAUAUAAAAAGAGCCAAUGAGUCAGUUAGUGCUACAGUACUUGCACUACACACUUUGGUUAGGUCUGUCCACGGGUCGAUUCGGAUCAAUUUUGGGUUUGAUCCUAACUCAAUCUAAUUAGGUCGGGUGACUGAGUUUUGGACUUGUAUUCAACCAAAUAUUCAGGUCGGACCCAAUGUUUUGGGUCAUCAGUUGGGUAGGUCGGAGUUGUUGGUUAGUUGGUUAGGGUUUCAAAUAAUAAAUCCUUGGUUUUAUUUUAUUUUAACAACUGAUUUCCAUAACAAAUAAAAUCAAUGAGACAUACAAAAAGAGAGAUGAGAAACUGAUAUUAUUUACCCAAAGAAAAUUUAGAGUGAGAACUGAGUUGGUGACGAGACAAUAGUAGAUUGAGGAGGAGAUAAUGGUGACAACUAGGCUUUGGAAGGAGAACUGAGUGGGGAGGAAAAACAAGAACAACACAAGUUGAUUUCUUCAACCUUCAACCCAUAUUAAUCGUAGGUAGAGAGGGGUGGCUGCUAAGGUUUGUAGUGAGUAGUGAGCUGCUAUGGUUUGGAGUAGAGAAAGGUGAAGAGAGAACUAAGGAUCUGAGAGUUUGAGUCUUUGAGAAAGUGAGAUUGAACUAAAGAGUAAGCUGAAGAGGUUAGAGAGAGAGAGAGAGAGAGUUCUUGUGACCGUGGAAUUAGAUUGUGGCUGUGGGAUUUAGAAUUGUGAUAUCAUAUCAGAUCAAAACAGUGAUUUGUAAACUAUAAUUGUGACCAUGGGAUUCUAGUUCUUGAUUUUAAUUUUAAGUUUUAAAGGUUGAUUUGAAAUUUGGGUAAUUGUGCCAUUCUGAUAUGAGAUUGUGACUAGAGCUGUCAUGUUAAAGAAAAAGUAGUCUAAAACACUGAAGCAUAAUUUGUGACCAUGGAUCUUGAAUAUUGCUUUUGAUUUAAAUGGUUGAUUUGGGAAGUGGGAACUUGUGUCAAAAAAUUCUAACUACUUUCCAGUUACCGAAAAGUUAGGGCAAGACAUGGUUGGGUAAGGCUGUCCAUAGGUCGAUUCGGAUCGGUUUUGGGUCUAAUCUAAACUCGACUCAAUUAGGUUGGGUGACUGAGUUUUGGACCCGUCUUUGACUGAAUAUUCGGGUUGGACCCGAUAUUUCUAGUCAUCUGUUGGGCAGGUCAGAGUUGUCAGUUAGGGUUUCAAAUAAUAAAUAUUUGGGUUUAUUUUAUUUUAGCAGCUAAUUUCCAUAACAAAAAAAAAAAAAAAAAAAAAAAAAAUCAAUGAGACAUACAAAAAGAGAGAUGAGAAACCGAUAUUAUUUACCCAAAGAAAAUUUGGAGUGAGAACUGAGUUGGCGAGGAGGAGAUAACAGUAGAUUGAGGAGGAGAUAAUGGUGACAACUAGGCUUUGGAGGGAGAACUGACUGGGGAGGAAAAACAAGAACAACCCAAGUUGAUUUCUUCAACCUUCAACCCAUAUUGAUCGUAGGUAGAGAGGGGCGAUGGCUAAGGUUUGUAGUGAGUAGUGAGUUGCUAUGGUUUGGAGUAGAGAGAGGCGAAGAGAGAACUAAGGAUCUGAGAGUUUGAGUCUUUGAGAAAGUGAGAUUGAACUAAAGAGUAAGCUGAAGAGGUUAAAGAAAGAGAGAGAAUUCUUGUGACCAUGGAAUUAGAUUGUGGCUGUGGGACUUGGAAUUGUGAUAUCAUAUUAGAUCAAAACAAUAAUUUGUAAACUAUAAUUGUGACCAUGGGAUUUUAGUUCUUGAUUUUAAUUUUAAGUUUUAAAGGUUGAUUUGAAAUUUGGGUAAUUGUGCCAUUCUGAUAUGAGAUUGUGACUAGAGCUGUCAUGUUAAAGAAAAAGCAGUCUAAAACACUAAAGCAUAAUUUGUGACCGUGGAUCUUGAAUAUUGGUUUUGAUUUAAACGGUUGAUUUGGGAAGUGGAAACUUGUGUCAAAAAAUUCUGACUACUUUCCAGUACUAAAAAGUUAGGGCAGGACAUGGUUAGGUAGGGCUGUCCACGGGUCAGUUCAAAUCGGUUUUGGGUCUAAUCCAAACUCGACUCGAUUAGGUCAGGUGACUAAGUUUUGGACCCGUCUUUGACUGAAUAUUCGAGUCGGACCCGAUGUUUCGAGUCAUCAAUUGGGCGGGUCGGAGUUGUCGGUUAGUUGGUUAGGGUUUCGAAUAAUAAAUAUUUGGGUUUAUUUUAUUUUAACAGUUAAUUUCCAUAACAAAAAAAAAAAAAAAAAAAAAUCAAUGAGACAUACAAAAAGAGAGAUGAGAAAUCGAUAUUAUAUACCCAAAUAAAAUUUGGAGUGAGAACUAAGUUGGUGAGAAGGAGACAAGAGUAGCUUGAUGAGGAGAUAAUGGCGACAACUAGGAUUUGGAGGGAGAACUGAGGAUGAUUAAAUUAAAAUUUUAUAAAAGAUUAAAUAUAAAAUGAUCAUUAUUCUUGUAACAGCAAUGCAUUUUAACAUAUUAGAAGAUAGUGCCAUAGAAUGAACUUUGAAGUCAAAUUACAGCGUGUUGUACUUUACAUGGGUCAUCACCUUAGUGUUUUUGAUCCUAGUGGCACUUAUCUUGAUAGAUAGAAGGCUCUUCAACUGCUUACGGAGAUGAAACUGCUUAUGGAGAUGAAAAUUUGGAAAAUAACAUUAGAACAAUGUUUAAAACGGCGGAGCAAGAUAUCCCAAUAAGGAGUUUGGGUUUGAUCAGUGUUCCAGUUCACCUUCGCAAACUGGAUGAGCAAGCCUUCACUCCUCUGCUUAUUUCAAUUGGCCCUAUUCACUGCUCCAAUGCAAAAUUACAAACCAUGAAAAAUUGUAAAGUACGGUUUUGUGAGUGUUUCAUUCAACAAGCUAAUAUAAACUUGCAGAAUUUGGUACACUCAAUAAGAGUGAGGGAAAAAGAAAUUCGCUCUUACUAUGCAGAGACUAUUUUGUCCAGCAUAAGCAGUGAUGAUUUUGUAACAAUGAUCCUGGUGGAUGGGACGUUCAUUCUUGAGUACUUCUUGAGAGAAUCUAACCCAGAUUUAUGGGGGAACAAUCCUAUGAUAGCGGAGUGGAUGCCUCCAGUUUUGAAAUUGGACUUGGUAUUACUUGAAAAUCAGCUUCCCUUUUUUGUUUUAGAGAUGCUGUUCGAGCAAGCAAACUUUCCGGCUCAAUUAAGGUUAAAACCCCAUUCUUUAAAGGAACUCGCUUUUGAAUUCUUUCAAUGUUACAACUUUCAAAAGAUGAUCCCUCGUUUUCUUGGGCAAAUAGAACACUUCACAAAUCUGCUUAGAUUCUUUUAUGUAGGUGACAAAUUUCUGUUUAGAAGACCUGGAGGGGCUAAACUUUCAUACUCUGCAACCCAACUACAUGAGGCAGGAGUCAAGUUUAAGGGAGUCGAGUUUGAUGAGAAGAAGGGAUUUUAUAGAGGGGAUAGACGCUUUCUUGACAUAUGUUUCGAUUUUAAGAAUGGGGUGUUGGAAAUGCCAUGCAUUAAGUUAAAUGAUGAGAAAAUACGUCUUAUUCGAAACAUUAUUGCAUUAGAGCAAUCCCAUUAUGUAGGGGACACAUAUGUUACAGAUUUCUUUGUCAUCUUGGAUUUCCUUAUCAAUACUUCCAAAGAUGUAGAUGUACUUUGUGAUAAGGGAAAUCUUGUUAAUUACCUUGGUGACAGCAACGUAGCAGCAUCAGUUGUCAACAAUCUUAACACUAAUAUCUUAUGGGAUUAUAUGAACUCUGAUUACUUGAAAAUAUGUGAAGAUUUGAAUGCAUUCUAUAAGAAACCUUGGCAUAGAUGGAGGGCAACGUUGUGGCGUCAAUAUUUUAGCACUCCUUGGAGAGCUGCUUCUACCUGUGCUGCUAUUAUCUUUCUGCCACUCACGGCCAUACAAACUGCAUGCUCUCUAAAGUCCACUAAGUGGUGAUAGAUAUGCAACAAUUCUGCUAAUCACUUUAGCCUUUGUUAUAUGUUAAUUAUCUUUUGUUUUCAGUUGUUACCCUUUUGAAUAAGGGUUUAUCCUUAUCAUUAAGAUUUUUGAGUGUGUUAGUGUUAGAUUUGGAUCAGAUAAAUAUAGUGCUUAUGAUCUAUAUCCGUUUAAUUAUCCUUUGAGUGCUGUAAUUCUAUUUAAGACUGCAUGUUUUUCAAUAAUAAUUUUAUCUGAAAAUUUAUCAAAACCUUUAAUUGUUACUUGGGA